CACCACAUUGGAGACGAUGGACGACGUAUGGGAUGACGAGGUGGACGAAGUGGAGUACCAUGCAGCCAUGGCCUCCCAGAACUGGUCUCGCAUGGAGGAUACCUUUACCACAAUCGGCUUCCGCCUUGGCAGGAGCGCAGGAUCCGAGACAGUUGUCCAGCGGUCGUUUGAUGACGGCUUUGGUGAGGGGGUGCAGACGGGCAAGCUCAUCGGCGAGGUGUACGGCGCACUGGUGACGGCGCGAAAGUGUGGGCUAGAGAGCGAGGCACUACGCGAGGCGCUGCGCUCGUUUGUUCGCAUCGCAAAGGCCAUCAAGGGCAAGCACGAAGAAGACGGUGACGCUGUGGCCGAUCUCACUGAGCUUGCAGAGGCGGUCAAAGCUGCGAUUGCGGCGUCAGCAGUACCAGCGUUGGCCAGCGCCGACGACGCCACGCCGGACGACGAGGCGCCGGCACCGGAUCCGCUGGUCGAGUAG